AUGAAACGUGAUGGUAAACUAUCACAAUCAUGGUUAAGGCAGGAUAUAUUUGAUGAUUCGCUUUUACUUGAGAAUCAACUUCCGUUCUUUUUCCUUGAAGACCUGUACAAUACAGUCGUUCCUCCUUCAUUUCUUGAGCUUACAUAUUCCUACUUUCACUAUCAUAACAUGCAAAACCUAAAGCCUAACUACAAGAUAAAGCAUUCCACAGGUCUUCUUAGAUUAUUUUAUUUACCAAGAACCCAACUGGAAAGGAAUUCCUUCAAAGGGGAUGGAUCAGAUACGCUUAUGUAUAGUGUGAAUGAGUCACAAGAGGCAGGGGUGAAGUUGGAAGUAAGCACAAACAAGUGCUUACUAGACUUGACAUUUUCAAGGUCAGUUCUAGAGAUUCCUCCAAUACGUGUCAAAGAUAUGACUGAAACUUUGUUCCGCAAUGUGAUGGCUUUAGAACAGUGUCAUUAA